AUGAGGGCUUCACUCCCUACUCCUCUGCUCCUCGUCCUGCUUCUCCAGACGGGUUCCGCGUUCGCCAUAGAGAACGACUUUUCGUCUUACCCUGAAGGAGCUCAGUCAUGCCUGUACGAUUCAGCGGACGAUGCCGGUUGCAGCUCAGGAGCGACCGGAGCCGAACUCAACAAUUGCCUGUGUAAAAAUAAAAACAACUUCAUAUAUAAUACUGCGGGUUGUGUCGCCAAAGAAAGUCCCUCGGACCUUAACGCUGUCUAUGAGACGCUGAGCAACAAUUGCGAAGGGACAGGAGUUACUCUAUCCGUGUCAAAACAGGCUUUCUUGGCUGCUGCUACCGCUGCCACGCAGACUACAUCAAUUCCAAGUCCUACUGCGAGCUCGACGACGACAACUCCAAGCACGACCGGUUCCCCAGGCCAACAAGAGACGGACGACGGGCUCAGCACAGGCACUAAGAUUGGCAUCGGGGUAGGCGUUGGAUUCGGCGCGAUCGCAGCUGGCCUCGCAGCGUGGUUUAUAUGGGCGUACCAAAGGCGUCGGCGCUCUGCACACUCAAUUCAUAGCAACGAGGUGUCUGGUGGAGGAGCCGGAUCCUCAUAUGGCGGGCCGGGUUCAUUCGCCAUGACCAACGAGUACGCACAGGAUAACAUGCAACAUACAGCUGCCGAGUUGGCCCCCGUUGCUUGGAAACAGUCCGCGGCAUACGGGAUGCAAGGCUAUACGGGUAGCGAAGACAAGAACGGCAGGGCCGCCGGUGUUCCUCUCCUGGCGGAACUAGGGGCAGAGUCGGGGUCGCGGACGAAUCCCGUCGAACUUCCAGCUACCCCAGGAUAUCUGGGAUAUUCCGAUCGAGUACCGGCGCAUGCGAACGGGCGCGCCACGCCGGAUGGGGUUUCGCCGGCAACAUAUAAUUCUCAGAGUGGAAGAGGUGACCUGUCACCAUUAGCUCCUUCGCAUUCUUCGGACGGCGGGACAUAUAGAUAA